ACAAGCUAAAUAAAUUCUCUUCACAAAUUAUUUCCUUCACCAAUUUCAUAUAUAUAUAUAUUAUCUCUUUAUUUCCUUCCCAAAUAUUAUAUUGCAUAAUUUAAGCACACAGUGAGUGUAACUACCUCAACAAUGGCUUCUUUAAACUUGUUCGUUGCCCCGAUUAAUGUCACUCCUCAGAGGAGAGUGCUAAGAACCGCCGCCACCGCAGCGAAAAGCUCCGGCGGAGGCGGAGAGGAGAAGGGUUUGUUGGACUUUAUCCUCGGUGGGUUGGCUAAGGAAGAGCAGAUCUACGAGACUAAUCCAAUCCUGAAGAAGGUCGAGGGGAAAACUACUAGCGGUGGCGGCACCACCGGUAAUGGCCGGAAGGGUACGGUGGCUGUGGCGGCGCCUAAGAAGAAGGAGGGCGGCGGUUUCGGAGGAUUUGGCGGGCUUGGAGACCUCUUUGCCAAGAAAUGAUGGGGGCUAGCUAGCCUUUUAAUAUUUAUUUAAUAAAUUGUUCCCAACACAAAAAAGAUUAUUAUGUAAUUUAAUUAUGUUUUUUUUUUUGUUCAUUAUUGUGGGCAUUUUGGAAGUUUUUUUUUAUGUAAUUUGGAGCUUAAUUUAAUUGAAUAUAUUUGCUUUUACCAUAUGUAUUUUGGAUUUGUUUUUACACAAUUGAUUUAAUGUUAAAUUA